UGUGCACAUACGUCGGGGCUUAUUUCGUGCAACGAUUGUGUGAGUUUCAAUCGACUUUAGAGUAAGUUUUAGUUGGUUUCCCAGUUUCAAAGCUAUAUUUUAAGCACAACUUCAUAUAAAUGCUAAACCUGUGAACUUUCCAAUCGAUGCCGCAUCACCAUCGGCUCACAAUACACCCCACCGUCAGCGGUGAGAAGAGGUCGAUGAACCGUGCGGAGGUCCCAUACACAGCAACCUAGUUCGCAAAUCGCUAGCCGCGCUGCUGCCCGUUUCCACUCUCUCUCUCUCUCUUUCUCUGAGUCGUGAAAAUCAUUUUUGCCUAGCAUCGGACCGUUCCGCCGUCGUUGUCAGGUAGCAGCCGCUAGGCACAGGCAGUUGGCUGUGUUCCUGUGUGCCGAUUUGUUUCUGACCUCAAAAGUGCAUUUCCUAACAAGAGGGAUGAUCGGUUGCGAUGAAUGACCUCGGACGUCGGUAGUGCAAACCAGCGUGCAUCAUCGGGUGCAUGUGCAGUGAGUGUCGCCGUGACACGUAACGUACACACAUUCCCUUUUUUUUCGCAAAAAAGAAGAAGGGAGCGCAUCAGCGUGUAUGUGUGUGUGAUUUAGCAUUAGUGGCCAAGGAAGUGGGAUGAUACUCAGUGCUCCUGUUUAGCAUGUGCGAAAAACAGAAAUCAUCAACCAGCCAGCCAGCCAGCAGCAUAAAUAUUAUUGGUGACGUAUCGGUUUGUUGUGUUCGGUUGGCAGACACCGUCGCAUCGACGGUAGUGUGAAAGAGCAAGCAUCGUCAGCGGGAAGAAGCAAACGGAGGGUGCGCGCGGGUGUGGUGAAUAAAUUUGACAUUUAUUUGUUAUUGACCUGUGUGUGCGCGGGAGUGUGUGUGGUUGUGCAUGUACGCGGUUAUUGUGCACGAGGGCAGUGUAGUACACAACACAACCGCAACGGCAGCAACCUUCUAGUAGCAGCAACCUCCGUCAACGUACUUGGCGCCCCGUUUGUUGGAACGCAUGAAAGGCAGCAGCAGCAGCGACGGCAAACUCACCGACCCGCUCGAGGUCACCGCACGUGUGCACGAGCGAGCAAGCAACAGCAACAGCGCGGCAGCGGAAGCGAAAUAGCUUGAACCGAACCUCGACUACUACGUCGACGACGACAACGGCGACGGAGGACAAAACCAACAACGGCAACAACAGCACACCCAGCAAGGCCUCCUUAGCAUCGAUGAUGACGACGAGCGCGACGAGCAGCGCACAUUGAGCAGAAAGUGGCAACAGACAGCAGCAGCCGCCGCCAGUAGGUACUAAUCUGCCUUCGUGGAAAGUGAGUGCGCGCGCUAGAAAGGCCUGGCCUGUUUCAUUAUUUUCCGGCAUUCUCCACCCCAUCGGGACAGACCCCGCUGGGAUUAGCUGUGUGCGAAACACCGACCCAACUGUCCGUGCGUUCGUUAUCGACACAAAUGCUGCUUCCCUGGAUGCCUGCGCCGUACAUCGUUGCCUAGCAGCUGCUAUCCCAUGCCCGCUAGUGUGUGGCUUUACCCCGUGUUUACUAGGAUGUAGCGAAAAGUCACUAGACAAACAGCUCUCUCUCUCCCUAGUGCUGCGCCAUUUAUUUGUUCGACCCGGUGCAAAAAGGCGUGCUGUGUAUGCGAUCGUCGUGGUCUUCUGGUGAUUCUGAGACGAUCCUCACACAUAGAAAACCGAGCGGAUACGCGCAUAACAUUAAAGUGUGACCGUAGAGACGUAAACAAAAUCGUCUCCCGCGUGUGUAUGCGCACCCGAAUCAGUUUGACGCGUAGUACUACGCAUUGCAGCAAAAAAAAAAGAGUCGUGAUUAGCAAAAAACAAGAGUUAUACCUGGAGGCGUGUGUGUGUGUGUAUGUGAAUUUCGCGCGCCACCCAAGUGAAAGUCUUCUGCCAACCACCCAACCACCCGGGGCCUGUGGCACGAUCGUGAUCGUGGGAGUGAGAAGAGUGUGGCGUAUGCACCGUGUAGUAGUACCCACACACAAACACACUCACCACUCUGCAUCCCCGUCCCCGUGUUCCGCUGGUGGUGUUCACGUGGCCGCGAGCUACAGUGUACCGUCGUCGUCGCCGUCGCAUUUUUCGCGAUGCUUACCAGCAUCACCCGCGUUCCGUCGACCGUGUUGCUGAAGCGGAUUUGUUGACUUUUUUUUCUUUUUUCCGGCGCGCGCGUGCGGUCCGGAGCGCAAUGAGUGAGAGCGAAGGGCGAAGGGACAAUGACGCAAGAAGAAGUGCUGCCACCGUCGAAUCGGUUCGAAACCUGCUGCCGUCUGUGUCUGUCGGCGGACGAGCUUAGCUGCUGCAAUCUUUACCCGCAACCGGAAGGGACGGCCGAGUCCCUACGCACCGAGCGGCUCGUCGAGAUGAUUCUGGAGUGCACCUCGAUUCAGAUAACCUUGGAGGAGGACUACCCGGCGAAGGUCUGCGAAAAGUGUGUCGAAACGCUCGACAAAUUUUAUCAGUACCGGAGGCGCUGUCUCGCCAACGAUCAGAUACUCCGGCACGAACGACAGCGGACGAGAGGCCAGCGGAAGAACAACAAUAACAAUAACAAUGAGGACGAGAAGGGAAAUACGCCACCACCGCCACCGCUGCUACCGCUACCACCUCCCGCGGUGCGCCGGUCGCCUGCAAGUGGCGAAAGUAGUCACCAGCAGCCGGUGAUACCGGCGAUUAGAAUUAAGCGUGAACCACUGCCACUGGAUCAGCGGGGCAGUGGGGCAGAGGAGGAGGAGAAUGGCUCGGAACAAGAGGAACAGCAUGCACCAGCGGUGGAAACCGAAGCACCGGCCGGAGAUGGCGGUAUGUCGUCGAUACUGCGAAGCAUACUGUUGCAAACGCGUGAUUCCACUACGAGCCGAUCGUCGCCGAAUACGGAACCGGAAUCGCCCCGGCAAACGCCACAAUUGCUUCCGAUCCAUCCACCACCACCCUCAGUGCCAAAUAUGGACACCGUUCGGCAUCAGCAGCAGUAUAACGAGGACGAUGGCGGGCAGGCCGAACAGGAAGACGAAGAGGAACGGGACGUUAAACCCUCGCUUUUGCAACAAAUGUUGUUGCAGCAACAGUGCGCCACCACCUCACCGGCCAAUCGUUCACCUGCGAAGACAACCGAGAAUAAUUCUGCUGCCACCAACACCGGUGCCCAGGAAGGAUCUGUGUCGGGGAACAUCUCCUCAAACUCUUCUGCCUCUACGUCAUCCCUGCUGAAGCGGAUGUUGCUCGAUGGAAGCGGGACAAUGGCCACCGGUGCAGGCCAGGAGCAGCAAACAGCACCACCAACAUUACCACAGCCACCAGCGGCAGCAGUCUCACCGUUAGAAGGGACGAGCUGUCAGCAGCAGCAACAGCAGUCAUCACGGUCCCAUCGUACCAAACAUGAACCUCCGAGUGCCACCAACACACCAUCGCCGCCGGCAUCCUUGCACCGGGCGAAGGAGGAUGUGCCUUCGAACGAAACGCCCCUCGCAUCACAGCUCCGUUCGAUACUGCUUCAGCAUCGAUCCGCCUCCUGGGCCCGUACCGCCUCCCUAUCUCCGGAUGUUUCCCCGGAACUGCAGCACCAGCACCAACAACCAUCCUCCGAAGACCAAAAGCCAUCUGCACCAGCAUCGUCCAACAUCGAAAAGCCGGAAGUGUCCUACGUGCGGAGUUUGUUCCUGCGCAACGAUUCCGAUUCGGAAAGUGAACCGCCGCCGGUCGACGAUCAGCGCGAGAUGCUACUUUACGCCAUGUUUCACGAACUUCGGGCCCGCCAACAGCAGCAGCAGCAGCAACAGCAACAUCAGUCACAGACCGGCUUCUCAUCCGAUUCGGAUGAUGAUUCCGAUGACCUGCCGCAAGAUUACCGGAUGCCGAGUGUACGCCGACGCAGCACGGAUUCGGUCGAUUCGCGUACCACCAAACGGCGCCGCAUGGAAUAUCCCUGUCUGCUGUGCGGACGAACGUUUGCCGGUCGAACGAAGCUGGUGCUACACAUGCGAACGCACAUGAUGCUGGAGGGUGGUGCAACGCACACGACGACAACGACGACGCCGGCGACGGAUGGUGGUUCCGGUUUGAAUGUAUCCGCCGUCCCAUCUGGUAUUGUGCCCGGUCUGCUCCUGCCGAACGGUGCUAGCGAUGUCGAAGACGUGUCUCCCCUAGCUGCAGGCCGGUUAGCAGCCACCCCGCAACAGCAUCAUCAUCGGAACGAUGACGCUUACCCGGACGGUGUCGGCAAUGAGGACGAAAUAGACGCCCUGGAACGGCGCUCGUACGCGUGCUACAUCUGCGGUGCGGACCAAAACAAUCUACACCAGCUAAAGGAACAUCUGCUCGCGGCCCAUCAGGAUCGGAUACGAUCGCGGGGUCGUACGCGCGAACGGCAAAAGGCGUCGAUUGCGUGUGAAAUCUGUCAACGGCAGUUCCGCAGCCAGUUUGCGUACGGGGAGCACAUGCGUACGCACACCGGUGAGCGGCCGUUUCCGUGCGAUCAGUGUGAUAAGCGGUUUCCCAGACGGUUCCAGCUGCUCGGCCAUCUGUACAACGUGCACAAGCAGUCCUGGGUGGCGGACGAGUCAAAGGCCAAGUUUGCGAAAAAGUAGUAGCCGUGUGGCCGUGGCGUUCCGUGCGGCGGGAAACAAAACACGAAUUUUACUAUGCCUUAGAAUUUAGGAUAGCUAUCAUUUUGCGCUCUAGACACGUGUCCGAGACAUGUGGGAUUUUUUUUUGUUUUGUUCGUAGCCGUAAUUGUUGAUAGAGUUAUACCAGAAAAGGAAAAAUAUACUUAUACACCUAAUAUUUUUAACAAACCUGA